AAAGAGGAAUAAAAAAAAAGAAAGUGACGGAAAGCAGACAGCAGAAAAGACAGGAGAAGGAAAUUAAUAGGCAAGAAAGCCACCCUUGGACAGACAUGGCUUUGAACUUCCCAGCUCGGACUCAGCGCUGGGCGGGCUCCUCAUAGAACUACAUUUCCCGGCAGGCCCUGGGCGACCGGGUACAGCAGCCGGCGCGCCCCGCGCGCGGGAACCACGAGGCCCUCUCCAAUCCUGGUCGUCGCCCGGCAACCUCCGCCUCCGCCGCUAAAGAUGAAGGCUGGGCUCGGCCGCCGCUGGAAAGCGGUGAAUGAGGCCGGAGAUGAGGAGUCUCUGCAGCCCCGCCGGCCCAGCUGAGGCAGCCGGCCCAUGUCGCCGUCCGGAGGCAGAGAUGGCGUGGCAGGAGAGGCCCAGGGGCCACUGUGGCACGGCCCUGGGUACCACCGACGGGCAGAGGGAAGAGAGUGUGUUGAGAUGCAUGGCUCGGGGCGGCAGCCUGAAGCCCCCCCAGGCGCCCCUCGGGAUUGGCCUCCGCCAUAGUGCCAAGCGGGACCGAAAGUCCAUCACCCUGCACAUGAAGCUGGAGGUACUUCGGCGCUUUGAGGAGGGAGAGAAGCUGACGCAGAUUGCCCGGGCCCUGGGGCUGGCCACCUCCACGGUCGCCUCCAUCCGUGUCAACAAGGACAGGAUCCGGGCCAGCUCUCAGGCAGCCACGCCCGUCUGCGCCACGCAGCUCACGCGUUGCCGGGGUGCACUGAUGGGCCGCAUGGAGCGCCUGCUGAGUCUGUGGAUCGAGGAGCAGAAGCGGCAGAACCUGCCGCUCAGCACGCUGCUCAUCCAGGACCAGGCACGCCGGCUCUUCACCCAGCUGCAGCACGAGCAGGGUGGCGGCGGGCGGGCCGAGACCUUUGGGGCCAGCAACGGCUGGUUUGCCCGGUUCAAGGUGCGCCACAACGUGCUGCUGACGGAUGAGCCCGCUGUGGCCGAUGCCCAGGCUGCCGCGCGCUACCCGGCAGUGCUGCGCGCCAUCCUGGAGGAGGGCUGCUACUCGCCUCGGCAGGUCUUCAACGUGGACGAGACGGGCCUGUUCUGGAAGCGGCUGCCUGAGCGCAUGCUUCUGGCGUUGGAGGGGACGGCUGGGCCCGGGCCCAAGGCCUCUAAGGGCCACCUGACCCUGCUGCUCGGUGGCAAUGCGGCUGGUGACUUCAAGCUGAAGCCCCUGCUGGUGUACCCCUCGGAGAGCCCGCGUGCCCUCAGGGGCUGCUCCAAGGCCAGCUUGCCUGUGGUCUGGCGCUCCAACCGCAACGACUGGUUGACGCCUGUCAUCUUCCAGGAGUGGUUUACUAGCUGCUUCUGCCCUGCUGUGGAAAACUACUGUGCCAGCCACGGCCUCCCGCACCGUGCCCUGCUGCUGCUGGACAGCGCGCCCUGCCACCCUGCCCACUUGGGUGGCCUCUCGGCCCAUGUGCGGGUUGAGUUCCUGCCCAAGAACACGUCCACCCUGAUCCAGCCCAUGAAUCAGGGUGUCAUCACCGCCUUCAAGGCCCAGUAUCUGCACCGCACACUCAGCCAGCUGGCCCAGGAGACGGGUGGUGCAGACCGGCCCUCUGUGUGGGAGUUCUGGCGCAGCUACACUGUCAUGACUGCUGUAGACAACAUCGCUGAGGCCUGGGCGGAGCUGCAGCCCGCCGCCAUGAACAGUGCCUGGAGGAAGCUCUGGCCCGAGUGUGUGCUGGCUGGUGCUCCCGAGCCCAGUGCCAUGCCCCAGCUCCCCUGCAGCAUCGAGGCACUAGCCAGCCACGCCGGUAUGGGCGACGUGGCGAAGGCCGAUGUUAGCCAUCUGCUGCAGGCCUGCGGGGAGCCCACGCCCACCUCCCCGGGCAUGGACGCCCUGGUCCAGGCCCCUCCUGAGGACCAACAGUCUGGAGACCUCGCAGAGCCAGCCAAGCCCUUCUCGGAUGGAGCUCAGUAUCUUUAUUUCAAGCCCAGGAUGUCUGGAAGCAAGCGUAAGAGCAGCGGUGAUGUAGCUGGUACUGCUAAGAAGCGCCACGCGAUAACGAUGGAAACAAAAGUGAAGAUAAUCGAGAGAGUGGAGCGAGGUGAAAAAAUGACAGACGUUGCUCGUUCGUUUAACUUGAACCGUUCAACCAUCGGCACGAUCAUCAAGAACAAGGACAAGAUCCUGGAACACGUGAAGUCUGCUGUGUCGAUGAUGUCGACGAUCAUAUCCAAGCGGCGUGGGAAAGCGAUGGAGGAGAUGGAGAAACUUCUCAGCAUGUGGUUGCAGGACCAGCAUCAGCGUCGAGCCCCGCUCAACAUAAUGCUGAUUCAAGAGAAAGCUAAAAGCCUGUAUGAAGACCUGAAGAAGAAAUACGGCGAAGAAUCAGAUGGUCCGUCUUUUAAUGCCAGCUGUGGCUGGUUUUAUCGGUUCAAGGCCAGAGCCAAUCUUCACAACGUAAAAGUAAGUGAUGAGACAACGAGUGCAGAUAUGGCUGCUGCCCGGGAAUUUCCUGACAUCCUUCGAGAAAUUAUUGAUGAAGGGGCAUAUUUACCGGAGCAGGUUUUUAAUGUGGAUGAGACAGGACUGUACUGGAAGAGGAUGCCAGACCGAAGUUACAUCAGUAAGGAGGAAAAGUUGAUGCCAGGUUAUAAAGCAGCAAAGGACAGGCUCACUCUACUGUUUGGUGGCAAUGCUUCUGGUGAUAUGAAGCUGAAGCCUCUCUUAGUUUACCAUUCAGAGAGCCCAAAAGCCCUUAGAAAUAUAGCCAAGGGCUCUCUUCCUGUUGUGUGGAAGAGUAACCCCAAAGCCUGGGUUACACAGGCCAUUUUCCAGGACUGGUUUUUCCACCACUUUAUCCCGGAGGUAGAGAUAUACUGCUUGGAGAAGGACGUCCCGUUCAACAUUCUUCUGUUGCUUGACAGUGCUCCAGGCCACCCCCCGUUCAUGGACGAUUUUCAUCCCAACGUCAAAGUAGUGCGUCUCCCACCGGCUACUACGCCCUUUAUCCAACCCAUGGACCAGGGAGUUAUAUCAACUUUCAAGAAAUAUUAUUUACGUCACACUUUUCGUCAGGCAGUAAAGGCGAGUGAUGAGUCAGGAACAACCUUGCGACAAUUUUGGAAGGACUAUAACAUCUACAAGGCCAUAAAAAACAUUGAUUUUGCUUGGCGUGAGGUUACAGCCGGCACCAUGAAUGGUGUAUGGAAGAACCUUUGCCCGCAGUUUGUUCAUGAUUUUCGAGAAUUCGAGAAGGUGGAUGAGGAGUCCAGAGAGGUCGUCAGCAACUUAGUGACCCUCAGUGAGAAGCUGGAGCUGGAUCUGCAGGAGGGUGACUUCAUUGAACUCCUUGCCGUGCAACACGAGGAGCUCACAAACGAAGACCUGAUGGAGCUUGAGGCCCAGAGAAAGGACGAAGAGAGACAGGAGGAGGAAGAACGAAGUGAAGAGCUGAAGAGAUUCACGAUGCAGGACAUGGCCAGGGGGUUCUCUCUGUUUGAGGAGGCACUGUUUGUUUUCGAGGCCCAGGACCCGAAUGUAGAGCGGUACACGAAGGUUGAGACAGCCGUUCAGAACGCAAUCCAGUGCUACCGUGUCGUCUACGAUGAGAAGAAAAGAGCCGCUGCCCAGACAUCCCUGGAUCAGCUUUUAAAGAGGGAGAUGGAAUUGAAUCCAGCAAGGAGCCAGAACCUGUGCCUCGCCGUCAGGCCUAGUGACGUCACAGUCCACCUGCCGUCUCCUGUUGCUGACGGCCCUUCUCUCUGCCAGCUCCCCCUCUUCGCCCAGCUCCACCAGUAACUUCUUGCCUGUUCACUCCAUGCCAGUCCCUCUAAUCAGGUGUUGUGCUAUGCUCCUAUACUUUCUAAGGUAUUAUACUAUAAGAUUAAAGAUGCUUUCUUUAU